AUGGCAACGGACAGCGAAGGUGGCGGCGCCGACGGCACAGCUGCCCCGACGCCGUCCCCACGGAGGCGCAAGACUGCAUCUGCAGCUUCAGACGCCGCGUUAAAGUCCGACGGCGGCAGCACCAAGCGCACCUGUCGUCGGGGCAACAUUAGUGCGAGCGAGGCCGCGGGGCCGGUGGCCGCCAGCGGCGGCGAGGGCCCCGCUCCUAGCAAGCGGCGCCCGCGGGCGCCGACAGACACAGCUAGCCGCAGGGGUGCCGCCGCUGCCGCCGCUGCCGCCGCCGCCGACGCGCCGCCGUCGCCGCCUUCCGAGCAGCCCGCUCCCGCCCAGGGCGGCAGCACUCCAGCAGACCCCUCUCGUGCCUUGCCCAAGCAGGCCGGGUUUGCAGCCAGCGCGGAUGCCACAUACGACGACGGAAACGACAGCGAUGACGCGUGCGGGAUCUCAUACGGCCAAGGCUUCGCCCCGGACGCACCCUUCGCGCUGCAGGAGCAGCGGGAGGCGUUGACUUCCAUUGACCAGCCGUGCGGCGUCAUCACCGUGCCGAGCGUGCACCCCGAGACUGGGGGCCGCGGCGGAGUCAGCGGCGGCGAAAGCGGGCCCGACACGCGCGCGGUCACGCCCGCCGCGGGCGGGGCCAGCGCGGACGGGGCGGCGAGCGGCGCCAAUGGGGCCGGCAGGGGCGCGGACGGCGCGGCCGUUUCGCUCGAGGCGCGGGCAGAGACGCCCGCGGCGGCAGCGGCGGCGGCAGCAGCGGCGGCGGCAGCUGCGGCAGCGGCCGCGGCGGCCGCGGCCGCGGACAGCAGUGCGCUGCGCCUGCGGCGCAGAGCGGUGGUCGUCUGGGAGAACGCGCGCGGCCUGCCGCAGCGGGUGCUGAUCGUGAAGAAGCUGGGCAACCGCGAGGCCAGCCGGGUCCUGCUGGAGAUGGCGGCCUGGCUGGAGGAGCGCGGCGUCGAGGUGUUUGUGGAGCGCGCAGUUGCAGAGACAGAGUUCCCUCAUCGCGGGCUGUCCACCUUUGACCCCGCCGACAGCCGAGUCGACUUUGCAGUGACGCUCGGCGGGGACGGCACCGUGCUCCACCUGGCCUCGCUCUUUGAAGAGGAGCCCCUGCCGCCGGUGGUGUGCUUUGCCAUGGGAACCCUUGGAUUUCUCACGCCCUUUGACGCCAAAGACUUCAGGCGCGCACGGCGCGGCGCCGCGGCUCUCAAUCAUUUUUUGGCGUGCCUGUCUCGUGUGCUGGCGGCCAACAGCCUGCCCCUGUACUGCACGCUGAGGACGCGCAAGCGAUGCGAGGUGUACGACGCCGCCGGCGUGAAGACGGACGAGCACCACGUUUUGAACGACGCGGUGAUCGACAGGGGCUCGUCACCCAUGGCCCUUCUGCUGGAGAUAUACGUCGACGGCAGCCUCGUCACCGUGGCGGAGGGUGACGGCCUCGUCAUCGCCACGCCAUCGGGCAGCACGGCUUACUCCAUGUCGGCAGGAGGCUCCAUGGUGGCGCCCAGCGUCCCCUGCACGCUCAUCACGCCCAUGUCGCCCCACAGCCUCUCCUUCCGGCCCCUCAUCAUCCCCGAGGGCUCCCUGCUGACUGUGCGCGUGCCGACCUUUGCCCGCAGCCACGCGCGUGCGGCGUUCGAUGGGAAGCACCCCUGCCGCGUGCACCGCGGCGGCGCGGUGCGGUUCCGGACGUCGCUGUGCCCCCUGCCGCUGAUCAACAAGGGGGGGAUGGACAGCGACUGGUACGAAGGCAUCACGCAGAAGCUCAAGUGGAACCAGGCCAUCAGGGGGGCCCCUGCGCCUUCCGAGGAGUGGGAGCCCGAGCAGCACGCGCAGCAGCUGCUGCUGGACCGAGACCUGGGCCGCGAGCAGGCGCGGCACGCGGUGGCCGCGGCCGCGGCGGCCGACGCGGCCGCAGCAGAGGCGGCGGCUGAGGCGCCGGCGGCCUCGAAUGGGCGCGCGCGCCGCAGGGGAUUGUAG